UUUGAUUUUCAAAAGGAAAAGUACCCUACCCAGAAGUUUUGGAUAAACUCAAAGGAGAAGUCUUGUUUUUCUGCCUGUCAAGAUCUUGACGUCAAAUCUUCCGAAGGUGUUUUGACAGAUGUAAUACGAAACUGUGCCUACAUGAAAGCUUUCAAAGACGAUGUUAUCAUUGCACAGGGUGAAAAGGGAAAUAGUUUUUUCAUCAUGCUGACUGGGAAAACUUCUGUUCUCAUCGAUACCCAGAAAUCGGACGAUGACGCAUCAGCAGUAGCAGACGACACCAAUCAGACGAUAGAUUCCUCAGUAAUGGACGACCAAACGGAGGACGGAGAAAACGAAGCAGACGAUAAUUGUAAAAACAAACGUGACAGACCCAAGCAAGGAGGCGUCAUGAAAGCGGUCGAUCGAUCCAAGUUUGGAAAGUUCAUCAUCCACUAUGAGGAAGGAAAGAGUUUUGGCGAGGUGGCGCUGAUGUCAGAGGACUCCGUUCGUAACGCAACAGUCAUAGCAGACGAGGAAACCGACCUGCUGGUCAUCAGCCGAGAGCUGUUCAACAGAUCCAUGAAGGCCAAACAAGAAGAGGAAUACCGUGAAAGACAGGAUUUUAUCAAAAAGUGUCCGUUCUUUAGUAACUGGUCACCGAAAUUUAAGAAACUGUUGGAGAUGAGUUUGAGAAAAGAAGUCUAUCAUUACGGGUCUACAAUCGUCAGACAAGGGGACCCACCCCCGGGGUUGCUCUUCAUAAUUCAAGGCCAGGCGAAAAUUGUGAUGAACCCAACGCAACAUUCUAGUCAAUUCCCAAUCAUGCUCAGUCAAAAUAAUGUACCAAUACAAAACCAACUCAACAGAACAAGUCAUAUAAGAUCUAAAGGAGAGGUCGAACGAGAUGUUCUUCAGAAGCAGGUGCGCGUGCGCAGACGAGACGGUUACGUUGCUGCAGAGAAACGCCAACGCAACAUGUCAGUUGAACUUUGUUGUGUGGAAAGACAUGACGUCAUAGGUGAUAUUGAAAUGGCCCUAGAACUUGAAUCUUGUAUAAGUUCUGUCAUCUGUAACUCAAACGCCACGGUGAUGGUUCUGGACACAAAGAACUACGAUCGUCUGGUGGCAAAGAAAAAUCAGCAGACGAUCAUCACAAUAUGCAAGAGGGCAUUGCAAAAACUACAGUGCCGUUGUCACACAACCAAGGGAUCUAAGAUUCCACUACUAAGCAAUCUCGUGGAAAAGUUAAAAGAUAAAUUACCGAAAACACAGAAUAAUGUCCAUUUGCGUCAACAAAUAACUGAUUUAGACAAGGAGAAAGAACAAUUAAUGGAACAAUUAAUAGACUUGUAUUUAAGAGGAAAGGUGCCUAUGAUUGAACCAUUUGUUCCCAAUGCGCUGUACUACCGCAAGAAGACGAUACGAAGAGCAGAAAUAAUGGAGCAUAGAAUCAAAAUGUUGAAAGGCAGUGCGCAAUCGGAGAAGCGAAGUUUGUACGAAGCACCGAAGCGAAAGGUUGCGAGAAGUAUGAAACAACUGAAGACCGCGAAUGCCGAGCAGGAGCUCCUGAGCCCCACGAUGAGUAUGGCCAGACCGUUCAGUGAGUAUGCUAUGACAACUCGACGCGAGUCCCCACAAAGACCCUGCACUGCUAUAGGGAUCACAAGCAUGUCCUUCAUGAGAGAACGAACCGCCCGGCCCGUGUCAGAAAAUGCUCGAGUUUUCCUAACUGAAUGUUCUAAUCUAGAAGACGAAAGAGAAGAUUUAACUGUUAAAGAAAAUGAUAGUUUAUUCAAGCAGUUGGAUAGUUUGCACAGGGAGAAACACGAGAACAGAUCCAAGAUUAUUUGUUCUGCAACAGCGAGAGAAGAGUUGAUUAAUGAUAUGCGGUAUUUGAAUGGUAAAUCGAGUGAUGUGUCGAUUCCGAACGACGAUGCGUAUUUUGACUGGGAGACCAGCGAAGGGAAUCUCAAUAGACUCGAAGACAAAAUCAAAAAUUUCUGUGAUAAGCUAGAGAAAACUGCGAACAACAAAGACGCCCCUAAAGUGUUACCUCUGAAACGAUUCUCAAUUCAGGAUGAUAGAGAUGAGAAUAAUUUUGACCUAAAGGUUCCCAAACCUGGAGGAACCGUGUUUGUCCGCACAAAGGUCUGCAAUAGUCACGUGACACCAUCUACGGAACCAGAAGUUCAUCAGCACAUUGUUAACGCGAUGGGGAAACUGCGGAGUUUCCAGAUAUACCUUGACAACCCCCAGGGCAUAUUUUGGUCCGGUCAACAUGUCACUGGUAGGGCAACCGUGGACCUGGAGGCUGAAAUGAAAAUGAGAGAGAUCAGGUUAGAAUUUUUAGGAAAAGCCAGAGUACACUGGUCCGAGUCCCACGGGAGCGGCAAAAAUCGACGCACGGUCCACUACACCGCAAACGAACUCUACUUUAACAACGUCGUAUCGGUUUUUGGCAAAGGUUUGAGUGGCGGUGACGAAUACGCCCUACCCCCGGGACAGCACACAUUUCCUUUCUCCUUUGUGUUACCUCCCAGCUUACCAUCGUCUUUUGAAGGCGGAAUAGGUUAUGUCCGCUACCUUGUGAAGGGUACAAUAGACAGACCCUGGAGAUUUGAUGACGAAACAGUUCGACCAUUUACAGUUCUGAGUGCUCUAGAUCUCAACCAACAACCAAUGGCCGGUAAUGGAGCUGAGGCAACAGAUUCAAAGAAUCUGUGUUGUCUGUGUUGUAAAUCCGGUCCAAUUACGGGUACAAUAAAAAUUAACCGGAUCGGGUACGUUCCCGGAGAGUCUUUGUACUUUGAGGCCAGUGCUCAGAACUUGUCCAGUCGUAAUUGUGGCAUGUCUGCAAACUUAGAAAUGGUCACUACUUUUCACGCGACGAGGAAGAGCCGCACUACAGUUCAAGUGAUCAACACGAUUCCGCACCGAGAUAUAGGCCCUGGAGACUCAGAUGUGUGGGGUGGAGAGAGAUUCAUCAUUCCCCCCGUGGCGCCCUCCUUCCUUUCUGGUUGUAACAUCAUAGAUGUCAGAUACAUCCUUAAGCUAGUUAUUGACCCUUCAGGUCCUGCUUUUGACCUGAACGUUCCGGUUGAAGUUAUCAUAGGAACCAUUCCCCUUCAGUCGGCUGUACAACAAUAUCAACAGACACUUUCUUCAGCCCCUUCGGCACCGCCACAAGUAGCAAUGCCCGCGCCGUCUUAUAACGAGUCUAUACUGGGGCCGACGAACAUCAGGGAUGAGGAGCAAGGGGAACACACUCAGGGACAACUCGAUUUCACUCCGACCUACACAUACUACAACUGGUCUCGAUUGGACAUGGGAAAGAAGCUGCGGUGUUUCCAGAUUGACUUUGACAAUCCACAGGCAAUUUAUUUUCCUGGUCAGCCAAUCAAUGGGAAGGUGAUUGUGGACCUGGAGUCUGAAACAAAAGUCAAUGAUAUCAAAUUGAGAUUUUUGGGAGAGGCCUAUGUUUAUGUUGACAUUGCAGUUGGCAAUCAAAGACGGACAUGCGAAUCAGAGGAAGAAUACUUUGACAACACAUUUUCUGUUAUAGCCAUGGAUUUAGGUGACCGUGAUGAAUAUAUUCUGAAACCAGGACUUCACACGUUUCCUUUCUCCUUUGUGUUACCUCUGGAAAUACCGUCUUCUUUUGAGGGCGAACAUGGGCACGUCCGCUACAUCGCGAAGGGCACAAUAGACAGGAGUUGGAGUUUUAAUGACCACACAAAACGUGCAUUUACAGUAAUUGGUUUACUAGAUCUCAACAAGCUGCCACUGGCCGAUCGCGAAGCAGAGAAUUCAGUAGAAACGAACGUGUGUUGUCUGUGUUGUAAAUCGGGACCCAUAGAGGCAACACUAAGACUCAACCGGAUCGGGUAUGUUCCCGGAGAAUCUGUCUUCUUUGAUGCCUAUAUCGUAAACAAGUCCAGUCGUGUAUGUGGAGUUCGUGCACGGCUGUAUAUGGUGUCCAUUUUUAUGGCAGGGGAUCUCGUUGACAAAACGUAUGAUAUUCUCAACACCCUUCCAUACCGAGACGUACCCCCAGGGGAAGAUGAUGUAUGGACUGGAGACAGAUUCAUAAUCCCCCCUGUACCCCCCUCUUUCCUUCCUUGUUGCUCAAACAUUAAAGUUGAAUACUAUAUAUUGCUGAUGAUAUGGCCCUCGGGACCUUCAUUACCAAUUGGUGUCAAGGUGGACAUCAUCAUAGGAACAAUUCCUCUGCAGUCGGCUGUUCAACGGUACCAGCAGAUGCUUUCUACAAUUCCAUCGGCACCCUCCAAAGUUGCUACGCUUGAGCCAUCGUACAACGAGUACAUAAAGGGAUCUACAAACAUCAGAACUGGAGAAGACGGCAGACACACGCAAGGUCAAUUAGAUUUCACUCCCUCGUACACGUACUUUAACUGGUCUCAGACGUCAACUCAGCCUCAGUAGUAGUGAACAACAAGACUGUCUAAUCAACUAAACACGGUCGCAGUCUCUCAACUAUUAUCAUAAUACAUGUAAUUUAGUCAUUUGUCCUGUCGUAAAACCUGCAGGAAAUAUCCGUUACCAAGACAGAUUUUAUUACAGUGGUAAACUCUAUUCUUGUUGAUUUUUGGGGGGUUUGGGUUUUUUUGUUUUUGUUUAUGGUUUUUUUUUUGUGUGUGUACUUUUUUUCCUUGUUUGUUUGCAUUUUGUUUUUAUAUAUAUUUUUUGGUAUAAGAGAACUGUUCCCGAUUUGAGGGAAUCUAGCCAUUUAGCCCGGUCCGUUUCACCGGCUGCAAGGACCACGCUAGACAUGAAGAUCUGUUUCAUGCUAUCCUAUGCGAAGAGUAAUGCUAAGGAUUGAUCAGUUGAUGCAUCUAAGAACUUGGGAAAUGAUACGGUAUUUCAAAGGUAAGUUUCUAUUAUCUAUUAUUCAUUUCACCUUUUCUUUCACUCUAUAGUAUAUGAGAAUGUUUGCGAUUUCUGAAGAAAAAUUUUAAAUUUAAAAAAAAAAUAUGAAGAUACUACAACUGUUCAGGUGGGCAAUAUGGCUCACGGAACACAUGUUUAAUCGUUCCAACAAAACGAAAUAUGGAUUUUUCAUCUACUCAUUAUGAAACGGUAUAAAAUAUUUUUAAGUUUGAAAGUCAUUUUAAAGUUUUUAUCAUCUCCGUCGGAUAAGAAAUUUGAUGUUUGGUAAAGCAAGUGGUUUUUCGUUGUUCGCCUUUGUGUGUGUGUGUGUGUGGUGUUUUUAGCUCACCUGAGCUGAAAGCUCAAGUGAGCUAUUCUGAUCACAUUUUGUCUGUCGUCCGUCUGUCCGUCCGUCUGUCCGUAAACUUUUCACAUUUUCAACAUCUUCUCAAGAACUACUAGGCCAAUUUCAACCAAACUUGGCACAAAUCAUCCUUAGGCAAAGGGAAUUCAAAGUUGUGAAAAUUGAGGGCCACACCCGUUUUCAAGGGGAAUUAAUUAGAAAUUAAUGAAAAAUUUCGAGAAAUUUUCAAAAAUCUUCUUCUCAAGAACCAGAAUGCCAGGAAAGCUGAAACUUGUGUGGAAGCAUCCUCAGGUAGUGUAGAUUCAAAGUUGUGAAAUUCAUGACCCCCGGGGGUAGGGUGGGGCCACAAUGGGGGGUCG